UAUCUGCAGGAAUGAUUGCCGCUAUCAGUCUCGCGUUCACCGCCCGGCUGAGGAGGUGAAAGUUUCUCCCCAGGAAGAUAAACCGCAAAAGACAAUAUUGUGCAUGAUUUGCGCCUUUUUUUUGCGGAGCGAAAAAAAAAAAAAAAAGGCCCCCCGAAAAAAAAAAUCGGGUGAGUGUGGGGAAGCUCGAAGAGGAGAGAGAAACAAUCUCUCGGCCACUUUGCAACAUUCCUAUAGCCAAAAAAAUCACUGAAGGAAGUUUCUUUUUUGUUUUGGUUUUUUUUUUAAUUUUUUUUUUUUUUUUGCUGCCUGUGUUGAACUCUCGCCGUUAUUGUUAUUUGCAGCCAGUUUAUUUUUGAGCUCACCCAACCCCCCCUCCCCACUUAAACCUCCCUGAAAAGUCAAAGCAGAGAGACAGUGAAUAUUUUUGGGGCACGUUUUUAUUAUUAUUAUUAUUUGCAACUGGGAAGAUCUCUUCCCCCCUUCCGCACCAGCCUUUUUUUUUUUCCUUUUUUUUUUUUCCUUCCCCCUGCGCUGAUGCCGAAGGGGGUGUUUUUGAUGUGGUUGCUUUGGUGGUGAUCGUCGCUGACUUUCCAAAGAGGGUGUUUUCGCCGCCGCUGCUGCUGCUGCUGCUUCUCUCCGCGUUGUGUGUGUGCGCGCGUGCUUUUUUUUUGGUUGCUGCAUCGACGCUGGGAAGAUGCUUCUGGAUGCUGGACCGCAGUAUCCCGCCAUAGGAGUCACUACCUUCGGAUCCUCUCGCCACCACUCCACGGCCGAUGUCACGGACAGAGAAGUGGGGCUGGGGAUCAACCCCUUCGCCGACGGCAUGGGCGCCUUCAAAAUCAACCCCAGCACCCACGAGCUGGCCUCGGCCGGCCAGACCGCCUUCACCUCUCAGGCGCCCGGCUACGCGGCGGCGGCCCUGGGGCACCACCACCACCCGACCCAUGUCAGCUCCUAUUCCAGCGCCGCCUUCAACUCCACCCGGGACUUUCUGUUCCGCAACCGCGGCUUCGGGGAGGCGGCGGCAGCCAGCGCCCAGCACAGCCUCUUCGCCUCCGCCGCCGGCAGCUUCGCCGGACCCCACGGACACACAGAUGCCGCGGGACAUAUACUUUUCCCGGGGCUGCACGAACAAGCCACCAGCCACGCUUCGCCCAACGUGGUGAACGGGCAGAUGCGCCUGGGCUUCUCCGGAGACAUGUACGGCAGACCCGACCAGUACGGCCAGGUCACCAGCCCCCGCUCCGAGCACUACGCCUCGACCCAGCUGCACGGCUACGGCCACAUGAACAUGAACAUGGCAGCCCACCACGGGGCAGGGGCCUUCUUUCGUUACAUGAGGCAGCCCAUCAAACAGGAACUCAUCUGUAAGUGGAUUGAGCCCGAGCAAUUGUCAAACCCCAAAAAGUCCUGCAACAAAACUUUCAGCACGAUGCACGAGCUGGUGACUCAUGUCACGGUGGAGCACGUUGGAGGACCCGAGCAGUCCAAUCACAUAUGUUUCUGGGAAGAGUGUCCGAGAGAAGGGAAACCUUUCAAGGCCAAAUAUAAACUUGUAAAUCACAUCAGAGUCCACACAGGUGAAAAACCUUUCCCCUGCCCUUUCCCAGGCUGUGGCAAAGUGUUUGCCAGAUCAGAGAAUCUCAAAAUACACAAAAGAACUCAUACAGGUGAAAAACCAUUUAAGUGUGAGUUCGAGGGCUGUGACAGGCGCUUUGCAAACAGCAGCGACCGCAAAAAGCACAUGCAUGUGCACACUUCCGACAAGCCCUAUCUCUGCAAAAUGUGCGACAAGUCCUACACGCACCCCAGCUCCCUCCGAAAGCACAUGAAGGUCCAUGAAUCAUCCUCGCAGGGGUCCCAGCCUUCUCCCGCCGCCAGCUCAGGCUACGAGUCCUCCACCCCUCCAACCAUCGUGUCUCCAUCCACAGAAAACCAGACUGCCAGCUCCUUAUCCCCUUCCUCCUCCGCAGUCCAUCACACGUCCAGCCACAGCACGCUUACAUCAAAUUUUAACGAAUGGUACGUCUAAAACGCUAAAACAAAACAACAACAACAACAAAACACAAACCGAAACAAAAAAAAAAAAGCCCCAAGCGAGCAAACAAAUACCCUAUUUAAAGACUCCAAAAUAAUGGACACUCUGAAUUCAAAAUUUAAAUGAGCAAACAAAAAUAAAAUGCUGCCAGUAGACCCAGGACUGAGUAAAAUGAAGACUUAAUUUUUAAAAAUAUUUUUCUUUUUUUUGUCCUCCAUUAUUUCUCUCUCUGUCUCUUUUUUUUUUUUUUUAAUUUUUCCUUUUUUUUUUUUCUUUUAUUUUUUUUUUUCCUGACUGUUCUGCUCUGUUCCAAGGCUUGGUAGGCGAAGGGGUUAGUAGAAUGCAUACGAAGACAAGGUUACCAGGGCAAAUGCCAACUGUGUAGGGCUUCACUGGAAACCACUGAUUAGAGAUCGCCAACUGCAUGUCUGCUCGGGCAGCGGCCUUCCCCCCCAUCCCCUCUUGUAAAUACAGAAUUAUUAGCAUCAAAAACAAAACGACAAAAAAAGUGUACUGUUUGAUUUUGUAAAUAGUUAUAUCGCAAGUUGAAUAAGGGGAUAUGUGGAUUUGUGGUCUUUGCAUAUAUGUGGGGGGAGGGGCGG